AUGAGUACACAGUCAAGUCAUAGAUCUAAGAGGCUAGGCUACUACAUUUUCCUUAGAGAUGAGAAGAUCAAAGUAGAUCCAGUAAUUUUUGCUAAAAAAUCAAGUUAUUUCGCUGAACAAUCUGCUUCGAACCCAGACGGAUUCGAAGUUCAAGAAAACGUCCUCAAAGAAUCAUUCCUUACAUUCUUAUCAUACUGCCAAGACAAGAAAUACGAAAUAAAUACAGAUAAUGCUAACGAUUUACUUAAACUUUCUAGAAACUGGAACUGCACAGACUUAGAAGGCGAAGUUACCGAUUUUUGCCGCAAGCACAAGAUUGUUGUUCGUCCUAAAAUUGAUCCACUUGGAAAUUUGAUUGAAGCCAUCGAUAAUCAAAAAGAAUCUGUACAAGAUCUUCGCGAGGUUGCAAAGAUCAUUAAUACUCUAUACGACGAUGAUCGCUUACCCGAUGUUGAGCCAGAACUUCUUUACAGAAUCGUAAUCAUUGCCGAAAAAGAAUUUACCUUAGACAAGAUCAAAUUCAAGAAAUUUGUACUUCGAUUAUUCAAAUCGAAUCCAGAUGCCGCCGUUAUCUUAUCUCUUCGCCUUAAUUUCAACGAAUUAACCGAUGAAGAGUUCGAAAUGAUCGCAAACUGCCCAGAGAUCCGUUCACAGAGCCUGAACUUCUUUGCGGCAAGCUCUAUCAGCAUAAUUCGUAACCGUAUCAAGAAUAACCUCGCUCAAUUUCAAAUCAAGAACAAUAAUCUGUUAAACAAACUUAACAACCAGAUUCGCUACCAGCAUGAGAUGUUCCUCUACCAGCUUGAAGAAUACAAGAGCCAGAAGAAAGCUUUGAUUGAUCAACGCCUUGAACAACAAAAAGCCGAAAUCAACGAUAUCUACGAACAACUUGUCUCAGUUGCUGCUCACCUUGAUGGUGGCAUCCUUUCUGAGAACGGUCUUGUUGAUCCUCGCAUCAAUCAAAAUAUUAAUGCAGCAGAGAAGCGAUUCGCCGACCUUCACCAACAGAUCCAGGAAGCCCUUGAGAAGGACAAACAAGAUAGACACGCCGAACUUAAAUCCGGCGUUUACCAAAGAUUGAAAGUUUGGGAAGCUAAACACGGCGAUGAAGAUUCACAGAAGAAGCUCCUUGAUGAGGCAUUCGAAGAUAUUGGUGCUAUCUCUAAGGAUAUCCAAGAAAAGAAGUCCGAAAUUGAUGAAGAUUUAGUUCACAUCAAAUCAGCAGUAAACGCUAAGAUCGUUCGAGACAAAAUUAGAUCAGAUAAAGGAAGACGCGAUACAGCUAACAUUUGGUCUAUUUUCGAUGAAUCAGAGCGAGAAAGUGUUAUUAAAGAGGAUGAAUAUAUUCAGAAUGUCGAGAAGAAGAUCGAAGAGUUCUGUCCAAUCAGAAAACACUAA